AUGUUGACCACUCUCCUUCUCGCUUUGUCGGUUGCUGCCAACCCAGUUUUGGUCGACAGGUCUCCCGUGACUUUGCCCAUUGCUCGUCGCACCAACUUUACGAGCGUCCACAACCUCCUCCGACACGAUCAGACCCGUGCUAAGUUCCUCAAGGCCAAGGGUGCCGCCAAGGCCGCUGGUCUUCCUUUGCAACAAGACGCAGUCAUUAACGAGCAGGUUGAUAACCAAGUUGUCACCUACGUUGCAGCUGUCGGAGUUGGCAGCCCAGCCACUACUUUCAAUCUCCUCAUUGAUACCGGAAGUUCAAACACAUGGGUCGGAGCUGGUACACCUUACAAGAAGACUAGCACCAGUGUCCAGACAUCGAACAAGGUGUCCGUCACAUAUGGAUCAGGCUCCUUCUCCGGAACUGAAUUCACUGAUACCGUCACCAUUGCGUCUGGACUCGUCAUCCCUAAGCAAUCCAUUGGUGUUGCUUCCACUUCCCAAGGAUUCCAAGGUGUUGACGGUAUUCUAGGAAUUGGGCCCGUUGACCUUACAUUGGACACACUCUCCCCUGCCACCAACUCCUUGAUCCCGACCGUGACUGACAACUUGUUCGCAAACGGUGUCAUCAGUGCUAACGAGAUUGGCAUUUCCUUCAACCCAACCACUGUUGAGGACAAUGAGAACGGAGAGAUCACAUGGGGUGGAACCGACCCAUCCAAAUUCACUGGAUCAAUUUCCUUCAUUCCAUUGACGACUACUUCCCCUGCCAAUGAAUUCUGGGGUAUCAACCAGUCUGUCCGGUACGGUUCUUCCACUUCUAUCCUGACGACCACCGCCGGUAUUGUCGACACUGGAACCACUCUUGUCCUCCUCGCUACCAAUGGAUUUACUAAAUAUAAGAGUGCUACCAAGGCCACCAGUGACGCUGCCACUGGUCUGCUCAAGUUGACCUCUGCCAACUUCGCUGCAUUGCAGAGUCUAUUCUUCACUGCUGGAGGUUCCACUUUCGAGCUGACUGCCAAUGCUCAAAUCUGGCCUCGUGCUCUUAACACCGACAUUGGUGGUGUUGCCGGAAACAUUUACCUCAUCGUCGCCGACCUUGGCUCCAACAGUGGUGAGGGUCUCGACUUCAUCAACGGUUUCACCUUCCUCGAGCGCUUCUACUCGGUCUUCGACACUGCCAACAAGCGUGUCGGAUUCGCUACCACUCCUUUCACCACCUCCACCGUCAACUAA